UUCCUACAGGUGAGAGACUGUUCAAGUCUGAAGCUGGUCAUCUCUCUUAAAGCACAAGGUGCAUCUGUGUAAGUCUGUUAAAACAAUAACAGUUCCUUAAUAGAGAAUCUUUCAACAGUGAGUGAAGUCACUUGCGCUCCAAUAUCACUGACACAGUCAUACUGGGGAGAAAUUAUUCAAAGCUGAGGUGUGUAAUACGGAUUAUUGAAGACCGUCGGGACUGAUGAAUGACCAACACAUUCAGAUGGGAAUAAAAACAUUCACAUGCGACAUGUGCAAUGAAUCAUUCUCAUCGUCAUCAAAGCUCCUCAUGUCCCAACAUGUUCACUCAGAGGAGGCACCAUUCAUGUGCAGGCAGUGUAAUAAGUCAUUGUCACUGUCAUCAAAAUUCCACAUACACCAAUGUGUCCACACAGGGGAGAAACCAUUCCAAUGUGAGUUGUGUGACAAAUCAUUCUCACAGUCAGCACAGCUCCAUGUACACCAUCGUAUUCACACAGGAGAGAAAUUGUUCAAGUGUGAAGUGUGUGAGAAAUCUUUCACCACUUCGUCGAGGCUCCUGCUCCAUCAGCGGAUUCACACUGGAGAGAAACCAUUCAGGUGUGAGGUGUGCGACAAAUCAUUCUCACGGUCAGAACAUCUCCAUGUACACAGAAGUAUUCACACAGGAGAGAAAGUUUUCAAGUGUGAGGUGUGCGACAAAUCAUUCCCAACUUCUUCAAGACUCCUGCUCCAUCAGAUGAUUCACACAGGGGAGAAACCAUUCAGAUGUGAAUUGUGUGACAAAGCAUUCUACUCAUCAUCGAACCUCCACACACACCAACGUGUCCACACAGGAGAGAAACCCUUCCAUUGUGAAGUGUGUGAUAAAUCAUUCUCACAGGCAGGAUACCUCCGCACACAUCAACGUCUUCACACAGGAGAGAAAUUGUUUAAGUGUGAGGUGUGUGACAAAUCAUUCCCCACUUCACUGAGACUCCUGCUUCAUCAGAGGAUUCACACAGGGGAGAAACCUUUCCGGUGUAAGGUGUGUGACAAAUCAUUCGCACAGUCAGGAAACCUCCGCUUACACCAACGUAUUCACACAGGGGAGAAAUUGUUUCAGUGCAGGCUGUGUGACCAAUCAUUCUCACAAGCAGGAUCCCUCCGUACACACCAACGCACCCACACAGCAGAGAAAAUGUUUAAGUGUGAGAUUUGUGACAAGUCAUUCUCACAGUCAGGACAGCUGCACAUGCACCAACGUAUUCACACGGGAGAGAGUUUGUUCAAGUGUGAGGUGUGUGAUAAAUCAUUCCCCACUUCAUCAAGACUCCUGCUCCAUCAGAGGAUUCACACGGGGGAGAAACCAUUCCGAUGUGAAGUGUGCGACAAAUCAUUCUCAUCAUCAUCAAACCUCCAUACUCACCAACGUGUCCACACAGGGGAGAAACCCUUCCACUGUGAGGUGUGUGACAAAUCAUUCACACAGUCAGGAUACCUCCGCAAACACCAACUUAUCCACACGGGAGAUAAAUUGUUUAAAUGUAUGGUAUGUGACAAAUCGUUCUCGCAAGCAGGAGACCUCCGCACUCACCAACGCAUCCACACAAAAGAUAAACUGUCUAAUUCUGAGAUGUGUGACAAAUCAUUCUCACAGUCAGGACAGCUCCACAUGCACCGUCACAUUCACACAUGAGAGUGCCGUGUAUGUGACAAAUCAUUCUAGGUAGGAUCCCUCCAAACGCACCAACGUGUCCACACCAGGAAGAAACCCUUCCAGUGUGAGGUGUGUCACAAAUCAUACAGUCAGGAAGCCUCCGCGCACACCAAUGUACCCACACUAGAAAGAAAGUGAGAAGUUUGUGACAUCAUUCUGGAGCUCAUUCCAGUCCUUCCGCCAUCGUAGCAUCCAAACAGGAAAAACCAUUCAAGUGUGAAAAAUCAUUCCCAAACUCAUCAAGACGACUGCUGCAUCAGAGGAUUCUUUCAGAGGAGAAUGCGUUCAGGUGUUAGGUGUGUGACAAGCCAAUUCUGUGGUCAGGACAGCUCCACAUUCAGUCUCACAUUCACACAGGUGGGAAAUUGUUCAAGUGUGAGGUGUGUUACAAAUCAUUCCCCACUUGUUUGAGACAAUCCAGGAUUCACACUGGAGAGAAGCUAGUCAUUUACAAGUUUUGUGACAAAUCAGGCUCGGAGUCAUCGUGUCUACGCAACCUCAAUGUAUUCACGUGAGAUAAACCAAUUAGUUGUAAUGCAUGUAUCAAAUCAGUGUCAAGUUCAUCGACUCUCCACAAUCACCGGCACAUUCACGCAGGCAGAAACCGUUCACGUGUGAAGUGUGUAAGUAAUCAUCCUCAAGACCCUGGAAGCUCCUGCUCCAUCAAAGACCAUAAGACAUAGGAGCAGAAAUUAGGCCAUUCAGCCCAUCGAGUCCGCUCCACCAUUCAGUCAUGGGUGAUAAGUUUCUC